CAGACGUUAAUCAUCAUCAUAUCGUUAAAAUCUAAACAAAUUAUCCGAAGCAUAAGAACGAACGCAUCUUUAUAGCUUAGUUUGAUCUUCGAUGGGGCUCCAAGUCGGCGAUCUUUCUCCGUUUCCAUCGGAGAAACCAUUUAUUAUUAUUUUCUUUCAUUUUCCAUCCAACCAAGCACAAACUCGUCUUCCUUUCUGUCGUUCCUUGUACUGAUAGAAGGAGAAGAGAGAGCAAGCAGGCCAGCGGGAAUCCAAAUCCGAGGCUUUACGUUCAUUGAUCUAUGCGUAAUUUGAAAAUAUUAUUAUUAUUGUUAUUAUUUAUUUUUUGUUUUUUGGUGUUUGUGUUUGAAUCGGUUUGGAGGAUUUAGUUAGGGCUUGAUCGAACAUUUUCCAAGUAGUGAUCGAGCUAGGGUUUCUCCGCGUCGCUGUUGAUGGAGCUCUGUGGCUUUGCCUCGUCAAUGCGAUGAAACGUCUGGCGAUUGUUGGUGGUUGGGGAUGAAGCAGUGGCGAUGAGGCGGUGUGAAGAGAGAAAUGGAGGUUAGAUCUGAGGGUGUACAGGUGAGGUGUGAUAAGCUUCCGGCGCCUGUGAUCCCUAGGACUCGAUUACAGGUGUGGUUCAUCAGGGUGUGUUCCAGCAUUCUGAUAUGGACUUGUUUGGUUCAGCUCGUGGCGGUGGGCGAGCUUUGGCAGCCCCGCUUGUUAGGUAGGUUUUCGAACGUAAUUGGGCUCAGUAAAGUAUCGAUCCACGUUGAAGAGGUUCCAUCGCCUCCGCCUCUUCUUCCACCAAGGAAUUACAUAAGUAACGGUUUCCUUAAAGUGUCAUGCAAUGGAGGCUUGAAUCAAAUGCGUGCUGCGAUUUGUGAUAUGGUAACAGUUGCUCGUCUUUUAAAUCUUACCUUGGUUGUUCCGGAGCUUGAUAAAACGUCAUUCUGGGCUGAUCCUAGUGAUUUUGACGACAUUUUUGAUCUGAAGCAUUUCAUUGAUUCACUGAGAGAUGAGGUUAGAAUUGUCAGAAGAUUGCCAAAGAGGUUUAAUAGAAAAUAUGGAUAUCAUCCACUAGAGAUGCCUCCUGUUAGCUGGUCAAAUGAAAAAUACUAUCUACAACAGAUUCUGCCUCUUUUCAGCAAGUAUAAGGUGAUACACUUUAACAGAACAGACACACGUUUGGCAAACAAUGGGAUUCCUCUUGAUCUUCAGAAACUUAGAUGUCGUGCCAACUUCCAGGCACUAAAGUUCACACCUCAGAUUGAGGCUUUAGGGCGCAAAUUGGUUCAAAUCCUUCAAGAUAAGGGACCAUUUCUGGCAUUACAUCUAAGAUAUGAGAUGGACAUGUUGGCUUUCUCAGGUUGUACUCAUGGCUGCGCAGAGGAGGAAGCUGAGGAGCUGAAACGGUUGAGGUAUGCAUUCCCUUGGUGGAGGGAGAAAGAGAUAGUUUCUGAAGAGAAGAGAUCACAAGGUCUAUGUCCUCUUACCCCAGAGGAGGCAGCAUUAGUUCUACAAGCAUUGGGUUUUGAUAAGGAUACACAGAUAUACAUUGCAUCUGGGGAGAUUUAUGGCAGUCAACGGAGGCUUGUGGCAUUAAGAACUGCAUUUCCACGAACGGUGAAGAAGGAAAUGCUGCUAAAUCCAGAAGAACUAUGGCAAUUUCAGAAUCAUUCAUCUCAAAUGGCUGCUCUGGAUUUCAUGGUUUCAAUUGCCAGUAACAUUUUUGUCCCAACGUAUGAUGGGAACAUGGCGAGACUCGUCGAAGGUCAUCGCAGGUAUCUGGGGUUUAAAAAAACCAUCCAACUUGACCGGAAAAAGCUUGUCGAGUUUCUGGAUUUGCAUCAGAAUGGAACGCUAUCAUGGGACGAAUUCUCACUUGCUGUGCGGGCAGCCCACGAAGCCAAGAUGGGACAGCCAGCUCGUCGCAGAGUCAUCCCCGACAAGCCCAAGGAAGAAGAUUACUUCUACGCAAACCCUGAAGAGUGCCUUUGCGAAAGAACAAGCUGCGAAGACUUGCUUGGCUCCCCCAGUAGCUCGACCACAACCCAGCAAGGCACGUCGUAAAAUAUAUAGUAUCUAGAUGCUCCUUGUUUUCGAGUUCCACGGCGGAGCAACCAGCAUGCUCCGAUUAUAGAGAAGGACUUACGAUUGCUCUAGCCGGUGCCAGAUGGGCUUUUCGGCGCACUGCUGAACGGAAAUCUGGAGUUCAUUAAGACGUCCGAAUCGGAUCGAUGAUGUGUUCUUCACACUCAGGUGAGUUAAGGGCAGUAAUGAGAUUAUUUUGGAAGUCUUCCCUUUUGGUUUAUAUAUGCUCUGGGUCAGGUCAACACAACACAACACGUAAGGUGGUGCGGUUACGUUAGAUAAACUUCACGGUUUUGAAGCCAAUUGCAAGCAUUGUAUUUAUAUUUUUCUUAAAGCUCCCAAAUGCAAUGUAAUGUUGCAUUGUUGUGGGAACCCCCUCCCCCCAUGCUUUUCUUCACAUUUCUUAACAAUCAUUCAUUCUUUAGAUAAAAUUCCAUUUCCUACUCCUAAUCUUACUUUA